ACGCCUAGGGGUCGGCGAAACUUAAGUCCGAUAUCCCCGGUCGCUCCGAAACCUAUUCGAACCCAAUUAGAAGUAGUAGAGAUAGCUAACAAGCUGAAAAGGCUUACCCAAAUACAUAAGAACCCAGCAACAGCGGCCGUAGCAGCGAACCUACCCGUAGCGCUAGCCCCCUUAGUAUACAAUAUACAGUCCGGAAAUAACCCUAGGAUUAUUAAAAUCACAGCACCUCCUAUGCUAAACAUGUCGAUAGAGACGGCCAAAGCUCAGAUCAGCAAAGCUAUACAAGGAAAGGCCGCCACGAGAGACACCGAAGUCCUAGGAGCUAGUAAUCACGACGAGUGGACGAAUAUCCUAGGGAAGGGCGUAAAGAUCAACCGCCCUAGGUUUGGAGUAGUGAUAUAUAAAGUCCUAACCGAAGAAAUAAAGAAAAAGGACUUUAGCAGCGAAGACGCAGCACGUUACGCGAUUCAAAACGGCCUUGUAUUCGGGCCUAACUUCGUAAACCGCGCCGAGUACUACAGCCUAGAAAGAAAGAAGUGCCACCGCUGCCAAAAACUCGGCCACCUAGCUUAGAACUACCGAGAAGAAGGAAAUAACCCUAACCCACUACAACCUAGAAUCUAAUACCAGACACACUUCGGAUCCUACAGUUAAACAUAUAGAAAUCAAGGGCUUAUAUAGAAGCCCUAAUAAACGACCUAGAAAUAGAACAACUCGAUAUUCUCCUCAUUUAAGAACCACUAGUAUCCUUCUUUAAAACAUUUGUCCAAUACAGAGCCUGGCAACUCUACAUCCCAACCGACAUAAAAGGAAAAAGAAAACGGACCGCAAUCUAUAUAAAUAAACGGAUCUUACCCGCAGCACAACAGCAAGUC